UGUGUGUGUGUGUGUGUGUAUGUGUGUGCAGGCAUGUCCCCCACAAUAAAGAAGACAGAGAUGGACAGCCCGUCUCCCCAGGAGAGUUCCCCUCGUCUAGGCAGCUUCACACAACACCACCGGCCUGUAAUCGCAGUCCACACUGGGAUAUCGCGGAGCUCCUCCGCGUUGCACUUCCCGCCCUCGUCCAUCCUCCCCCAGACCACCUCCUACUUCCCGCACACGGCCAUCCGCUACCCCCCUCACCUCAGCUCACAGGACCCCCUGAAGGACCUGAUGCCCCUGGCCUGUGACCCGUCUAGCCAGCAGCCCGGUUCCCUCAACGGCAGCGGGCAGGUCAAGGUGACCAGCUUGUCCAACUACAUCUCCUCCCAGAUGCUGGCCCCUCCCCCUCCGCCUGCCAUGCCCCGCCUCUCGCUGGCCCCGGACUCCAAAGCCAGCACCACGUCCUCUGAUGGGGGGGGAAACUCCCCCACCUCCCCCACGUACUCCGGCCCCGGGACGCCCCCGGCCAGUCGCUCCUUCGUAGGACUCGGCCCUCGAGACCCAGCUGGACUCUACCAGACUCAGUCCUGGUACCUGGGAAACUAGACUCCGGUUGGAGCAGAAGCACGCCGAUGAAACACUUUAUCCGGAACCAAGGAAAGAGACACUCGGACAAGCCUGAGGAAGCUGUAUAUAAACGUGUGUGUGUGUGUGGGUGCCGUCUGUCAGUAUGUCAACACACGCAUCGGUGUUAACAUCAGGCUGCUCCGGCAGCUGUGUCCGGAGGGGGAGGAGGACGGAACGAGAGGGGGGGGGGGGAAGGUGGAGGGAGAGAAGGGCUGAAAGAA